AUGAUUGAGUCUAAGGACCAAGACAUAUUCUACGAUUGCGACCCAAUGCUAGAUCUUUCCGAUUCAACCGACGACGACGAAGACGACGACGCAAGCGACGACUACGACCCCAAUCUCACAGUUCCCUACGAGGAAUCUUUUGAAGACGAUGACUCUGCACUCUCCUUUCCUGACGACCCUAAUUUCGUUGAUUUCGGCUGGGCGGUCGAGUGCUUACAAGACACAGAGGACAUUGAUUUCGAAUUCGUUUACGCGCUCCAUACGUUCGUGGCUACGGUCGAGGGACAAGCAAACGCAACCAAAGGUGACACCAUGGUUCUGCUGGAUGAUAGUAACAGUUAUUGGUGGCUGGUGAGGGUUGUCAAAGACAGUAGUAUUGGAUAUUUACCCGCAGAGCACAUCGAGACCCCAACAGAACGACUUGCUCGUCUGAACAAACACAGAAAUGUGGACCUGUCUGCUGCUAUGUUGGGAGACACGGCGGAGAAAAAGGCACAGACUUUCAAAUCGCCCAUUAGAUUUGGGCGUAAGACAGUCACCUUUACUUCGCCGACCUAUCAUGACUAUACCGAAAUCGACGACUAUUCGAGUGACGAAGAAGAUAUAGAUAAUUUGUUUGCCGGUUCAACCACCACCAUCAAACAGGACCAGCAAAAAGACCAAAAGAAGGAAACCCGAGAUCCCACUAUAUCAAUUGUUGAAGACGAUUCAUCAGAGGAGAGCGCCAGGGUCGAGCCUCUGAAGCCUCGUUUGACAAAAGACGGCAAGGCGGCCACGGAAACUUCAAAGGUUGACACUGUUGAAGAAGAGGAUGAGGGCAGGGACAGCGAGGAGAUGCUAUUUGACAGCAAGGCUGAAGGACCUAGUCGAUCCCGCAAUGGCACUGUCAGAAACACCGACUCUUUCUUUAGAGACGAGACUGUCGAGACCAAGAAGAUCACUCUUACUCCCAAUCUCCUACGAGACGACAACCCAUCCCGGGCAUCUCAAGAUUCGACAAAGGAUAGCAAAUCCAGAGCAAGCCUUGAUAAGUUGGACAAGGAGCUUAUGUCUGACAAGGAGAAGAAGAAGAUUCAAGAUAAGGGCCGGAAAGAGAAGGAUAAGAAACCAAGCGCCAUCCGAAGUUUCUUUUCCAGAAAAGACAGAAAGAAGUCGGUGGACGAAGACGAUGAAUCGUUUGGAAAACGGUCAAUGGAUAUCGUAUCUGAGCCUCGGGACAGCGAAUCGAUCGAGGAGGUUGCAUCACCUGAGAGACAACCACAACGAAGCACUAGCAGGCUUCAGAAGCAAAUACCCCGGAAUGAAACCUCGCCUGGAAAGAACGAGCAGUCAUCAACGAUGGAGCUGGCAGCUUACUUGGCUGAGUCGCGAGUUAACGACGUGUCCAACGUACCACCAGCGUCAAUGCGGAUCGUGAACCCCGAGACCAAGGAAACCCACGAAGUACCCUCGAAUACGCAUGUCGCGGGUAACGGCUCCAGAGUGCGGGCCUCCUCAGCUGCUGCGCAGCACGAUGACACGAGAGCGUUGGCGAAGGCACUUGGUCGCAGCUCAAGCACAGGGGACGAGCCCAAGACAACCAAGACAACCAAGCCCCGCCCACUGAUGGAUGUGGAUGAACUGUCUAGUUCUGAUGACGAGAGCGUGUCUCAACCAACCUCUCGAACCACACCUGAGCAGGGCGUUGAGAAGAAAACUGAGGGUGGUUUGCGGCCACAGCUUCCUGGAGCAUUCCCCGACAGUUUUGACGCAAGUGCCAGACAAGUUCCGACAACCGCCGAAGCCGGAGAGCAGCAGAGUCGUCUAUCGGAAUCACCAGUACAUGUCUCGCAUGUCGAUGGAACAAGGCCGCCUGCGUUGGAGAUUGAUACGUCCUCUCAAGAGGGCCGGUCAUCAUCUGAAGUACCAUCACCGGAGCUUGGACCUGGAGACAAAACAUCCAAGGACAGCAGCCCAACAAGGAGCGCCAAGGAGCCUGGCUGGGAUGACGAGAAGCUCCGUGCCUUCUUUGACGACGGCGAGCAUGUCCGAGAUCUCCUCAUGGUCGUUUACGAUAAGACGGACGUUGAACCUGUUGGCAAAGACCAUCCGGUAGUGAGUGGGAUGUUUAGGGAGCAAAACGCAAAGCUGGCGGAGAUUACUACUCAACUCGACAAUAUGCUCGGAGACUGGUUGGCUAGAAAGCAACGAGCUCGAGGAUCGCUAUAG